AUGACGGAGCCCACUGAGAAUGCCGAUACCAAACAUGAUGCUGAACCUACUGAUACUAAGAAUGCAAAUGGUUCAGUGCAGCCUAAUGAAGUAGCGGUGAAGGAAGUGAAGGAUGCUGGUACAACUGCCGUACCCGCAUCAGAGCUACCCAAAACGGACGCUACCCGCAAGAAAAAGAAACGAACUAAGAAGCCAGAAACUGAGGAGAGUUCAUCAGACUCAGAUUCUACAGACUCAGAAUCGGACAGUGAAGAUGAUGAUUCUGAUUCAGAUGACUCGGAGUCAGACUCGGGUCGCCGUAAGCGGAAUCGACGAGCAAAGGCUCGGGCUAAGCGGGCUCUAAAAGACAGGAAGAGAAAGAAGCGCAAGCAGCGGAUGAAGGCUGCCGUGAGUGUGUCUGAUUCUGAGGAAUCAAGUGAGUCAGAAGAGGAGUCAGCCACCGAGGAUGAAGAGGUAGAUGAGAAGUUGCUGCGAAAGCUGGUGGCACAACUCGCAGUCAAGAAACGCAAACGCCUACGCAAACAAAGCGACCAGACGGGAACUGUCGCUGAUCCUAUUGCCGAGGCACUGCGACAAAAGCGAAUGAAGAAAAAGAAGCCUGGCUCUAAGGCUGCGUUCAAGCGAGUUGAUCAACUGUGGGACAAUACCGUUCAUAAAUACCAACUCAAAGAAUCUGCCGAGGAUCAUGACGCGCACGAGUUUGACCAAUUCGUUUUUACCGUUCGGAGAAGGUUCUCGUGGGAAAACAAAUACCUGGAGACGGUUGUCGAUCUUAAGAGUAAGGCUCUUCGAGAGAGUUUGGGCAAAGUCAUGGAGGGUGUCAAAGGAGUAAGCAUGGUCGAGUCUCCGGCCACUAUUGAUCCAAAUAUGCUCUUCCUCUACUUGGAAGAGAUGAGACAAUACAUGAAAACCCUCAAGCGUCAGUCGCGCAAUGACAAAAAGAAGAAGAACCGCAAGGCGGCUGCUACCAAAGCUGCCCACCUUAAGGUUCUGAUCAAGUACCUUGACACAGACUAUGCAGACACAAAGAAGACUUUGUAUCCUCUGUUAGAGGCAAACACCAUUACCUUCGAUCUCUUGUGGGCCCUGUUCAAGCCAAACACCAUCGCAUAUACUCCUACCUACGGAAACACCGAUGAGCCACGCGCCUUCAAGGUGGAAUAUGCCAUCAAAGAGUCAUCUUUCAUCAAAGGACAAUGGUACAGCAUUGAAGGUCGCUACCUGGAGUAUGAUGGGAAGGAUUUCGGCUUUGGUACCAUGUCAGCCGAAGUCGAGUCCUUCAAGGGCGCGAGGAAGAUCACGAGCUUGAGCUGCUUCCCUCUGCAAUAUCACCGUGAUGCUGAUGCCCUGCGCGAGCGUCUUGUCGAACGAGGAAAGCGGUUCGUUGCACUCCGUGGAAUGAACUACCGCUUCCACAAGGGAAUGGCAUUCUACAAGAAGAAGCGCUCGGUCAUCAAGGUGAACAUUGAAAGUCGGGUUAUGAUUGAUCCUGCGAUUCAUCGACGCAUCAAUCCUAAUUACCCCAUCAGUACUGUUCGGCCUAAAGACCCAGAUCUCCUGGAUCUCUCCGACCGAGGCAGCGAUGCUGAGGAUGCUGAGAGUGAUUGUGGCUGCUGUGCAUCGGAUUCAGAUUCAGACUCUGGUAGUCAAGCUGACACUCCUCGAAAACUGUACAAGGUUAUCGAGGGUGAUGAUGGCACGCUUCGUGUUGUGCAGGUUGAAGUUGACGAGGAUGGCCAAGAGAUCCAGAAAGAGAACUUGGAUCGCAUCGAAGGUGGUGUUCUGGAUAGAGAGUUUACUGAGGACCAACUUCUUAUUGCCUCGCCAGUUGUACUUGGCUUUGCCUUCUCCGAAAAGCUCUGGUUGGAACUUUCAAUCUCUGGUAUCAGUGAUAUCGAAUGGGACAAGGAUGCCUUUGAUUCCCUUGUCUUGCCAGCCAACCAGAAGUCCAUCGUGAAGGCUUUGGUCGAGUCACACACAUAUCAUGCUGCGCAGAACCUGGAUGAUGUGAUUCAAGGCAAAGGUCGCGGCCUGGUUGCUGUACUCCAUGGUCCACCAGGAACGGGUAAGACACUCACAGCAGAAGGAAUCGCGGAGCUGCUCCGUCGUCCGCUAUACAUGGUCAGCGCUGGCGAGUUGGGUACUGAUUCCCGAACACUGGAAGGAGAGCUUACAAAAAUCUUGGACAUUGCGCACAGUUGGGGUGCUGUUCUUCUUCUCGAUGAAGCAGAUAUCUUCUUGGAGAAGCGUUCGAUUCACGAUAUCCACCGAAAUGCCCUGGUUAGCAUUUUCCUUCGGUUGCUCGAGUACUUCCAAGGCAUUCUCUUCUUAACCACCAACCGUGUUGAAACUUUCGAUGAUGCCUUCCAGUCUCGUAUCCAUGUUGCUCUUCGCUACGGUGACCUGGCUACUAAGGCGAAGCGUAGCAUUUGGAAGAUGUUCCUGGAGAGAGUGCGCGCCAUUGAAGGUGUGAAGGUAGCUGAAUUCUCUGAAGAGGACUACAACACUCUAUCACGACACACUCUCAACGGUCGACAGAUCAAGAACUCCGUGCGCACGGCUCAAGCGCUGGCUGUGAACGAACAUGAGCCACUGUCUAUGGAUCAUAUCAAACGCGUCCUUGAGGUAGCUGAGAACUUCGAUAUGGAUUUGAAGGGAGGUUCUGGUUAUCUCGAUGCAAUGAGAAGUUACACAUAG